GGAGGAGGAGGAGGGCGAAAAGCGAACCGGCAUUGGAAUGGAUACUUGUGUCAUUCCUUUGCGGCAUGGUGGUCUUUCCUUGGUUCAGACUACAGACUACAUUUACCCUAUUGUAGAUGACCCUUACAUGAUGGGCAGGAUAGCAUGUGCCAAUGUCCUCAGUGACCUCUACGCAAUGGGAGUCACAGAAUGUGACAACAUGCUGAUGCUCCUUGGAAUUAGCAAUAAGAUGACAGACAGGGAACGAGAUAAAGUGAUGCCCCUAAUUAUACAGGGUUUUAAAGAUGCAGCGGAAGAAGCAGGGACUUCUGUAACAGGUGGCCAAACAGUAUUAAACCCCUGGAUUGUUUUGGGAGGAGUUGCUACAACUGUCUGUCAGCCCAAUGAGUUUAUCAUGCCAGAUAAUGCAGUGCCGGGAGAUGUGCUUGUAUUGACGAAACCCCUGGGCACGCAAGUGGCAGUAGCUGUGCACCAGUGGCUGGACAUUCCUGAAAAAUGGAAUAAAAUUAAACUAGUGGUUACCCAGGAAGAUGUAGAGUUGGCAUACCAAGAAGCAAUGAUGAAUAUGGCAAGGCUCAACAGAACAGCUGCAGGACUCAUGCACACCUUCAAUGCCCAUGCGGCCACCGACAUCACAGGCUUUGGAAUUUUGGGCCAUGCACAAAAUCUGGCCAAGCAACAGAGGAACGAAGUCUCGUUUGUGAUCCACAACCUCCCUGUACUGGCCAAGAUGGCAGCUGUGAGCAAGGCAUGUGGGAACAUGUUUGGCCUCAUGCAUGGAACCUGUCCGGAGACAUCAGGAGGCCUGCUAAUCUGUUUGCCACGUGAGCAAGCCGCUCGAUUCUGUGCAGAGAUAAAGUCCCCCAAAUAUGGUGAAGGUCACCAAGCAUGGAUUAUUGGGAUUGUAGAGAAGGGCAACCGUACUGCCAGAAUCAUAGACAAACCCCGGAUCAUUGAAGUCGCACCGCAAGUGGCCACUCAAAAUGUGAACCCCACACCUGGUGCCACCUCCUAAUCCAGACAGGAAUCGCUAUUUGUUUUUGUUUUUAAAUAGAUCUAUUCCUUUAUCAUCACUUCAAUUAAAGACUGUAAACAACAAAACUCUCAUUGUGUCUACACAUCUGGUGACCUUAGGUCAAUUUGUAAGUGGAUGCAAUUAAUAAAAUCCAUUGCCUUUUUUUCCUGUUACAUUAACUGAAGAUGCACCUAGUCUUGAGGCAGCUUCUGAGUUGAGAAUUAUAUUGUUAUCCAAUACUGUUGAUUCAUUUUGAAUCUUUAGACACUUAUCUCUUGCCGCGUAGGCUCUUUUUAAAGGUGCUUUCACAUAGCACAGACAUUACCAAUCGUAAUGUCACCUAGCUGUUUGUGUCUUUUCAUUUUAUGUGUAUUUAUCAUUUUAAGUCUGAUCUUUCCUUUACAUGUCUUGAAGGGUUUUCUGGAAAGACAAAAUUGGUGACAAAAUGGUAUUCCAGUGGCAAGAGGGUGCAUGAUUCUUUUGAGUCUAAUUUGUGAGGCCUAGACUUAAUCACCAAGAGCAUCUCUUUGACCCAGGACAU